AUGGCGCCUACGCUCGGCAAACGGAAGCGCAUAACCCGCGAAGAGCUCGAGCGGCCUUCCCGAUCACCAUCGCCGUCCUCAGAAUCGCAAGGAUCCGACGGCGAAGACUUACAAGCGAUAUUUCGACGCGCAUUCGAAGCGAAGUUCAAGCCUCUUGAUAUCGAACCUGUGAAUCCUAAAUCUGAAGAAGAGGAGGUUCAGGAGGAGGAGCAAGAAGAGCAGACCGAUUGGUCAGGCAUAAGCUCAGAAGACGAGGAUCAAGUGGAAGUCUUCGAAUAUGCGGACACGCGGCAUACGGGCGAUAGAGCGCCAAAAGCAGAGAUGAGAGCAUUCAUGUCCUCAAAACCGCCGUCCUCAAGCACGUCCACCGCGUCCAAACCCAUGCCCACGGCCACAAAAGAAGACGACGCCCUCGAAGUCUCGCACCUGAAAAACGACGCUGAACUCCAAAAGCUUCUCCGCGAAUCCACCCUCCUCUCCACCAACACACCCACAUUCUCGACGCGGACUGGAGUCUCCAAAGGCAACGCGCGCCACAAAUCUACGGAUCUGCACCUGCAAGCCCUGGGUGCGAAGACCUCCAUAUUCAAGCAGAAGAGCAUGCCAAUGUCACACCGGAAGGGAAUUGUGGCAAAGGCGAGGAUGCGAGAGGAUAAGAGAAGGGCGGAGGCACGCGAGAACGGCAUUGUGCUAGAGCUGGAGAAGAAGGAGAAGAAGGUUACAGGGAAGAGGGAGAGGGGCGUUGGUGCGCCUAGCGUGGGAAGGUUCAAGGGUGGAACGUUGACGUUGAGCAGGCGGGAUGUGGCGAGUAUUACUAGUGGCGGGGGACGUCGCGGUGCGAAAGGGAAGAAGGGGAGGAGAUAG